CAAACCUUCAUUCAUCUCCUCCAGUCCCAGAACUAUUUUUUGGGUGCCAUCAUUUCGACCAUAAUAAUCUCUCACAGCUAACAGGGUUUGUGCUAUGUAGCAUCACUAAUGGUUUCUUGGGUCUACGAUUGUUUCCUAACCUUGGACCAGGAGGUAUCUUUGAUUCAUUGGCCACGGUGGAGCAAAGGAAGUAUUCUUUAUAUCAUGACGAGAUACAUGCCAGCCUUGAUACUCUCUGUACACUUAUCCAUGAACUAUCUCCCAAAUGAAAAAAUUGUGACUUGUGAAAUUCUACAGUCAAUGUGGUAUUGUACUGCUGCAUUGUGCGUGUCUGGUGCAGAAGGUAUCUUCAUCCUUCGUACCUAUGCAUUAUGGGGACAUAAGAGAUCCAUUCUGGGCCUUAUGUUGUCAACGGUACUGUGCCUGGCGAUCUUGAACGUGGUAAUAGCGCUCAAGGGUUGGAAACAUUCGAAAAUGCACGUAUCAGACAUAGGUGGCGGUUGUCGCUCACUAUCCCACAACACGAAGGCUGCAUAUAAUUGGUCACUUCUAGCAGCAUUCGAGCUUGGUGAGAUCACGAAGCCAUAAAUGGUGUCUGCUGCUCGAUAUCCUUGUACAACA